AACGUCAUUCGUUGAGGAUCCCGAAGAUGGCGGACCUAAAGAUGCUCAGCUGUAGUGUCGUUUUUGUAUUUUUGUGUUGUGCCGCAUCCUUUGGGAAAUGCAACGAUCAAGUACCUUUGAUAAUGUGGACAAGCGCGGGCUCCACUCUCGGGUCCCAAACCCCACCGGCAGCGGGGCACAUCGUGUCUACCUCUCAGUUGGAAUCCUACCUGCAGACUGCUCUUACUAACAGCCCUCAUAAUGUUCUCCUCUUCUUGCAGGACAAGUUGAGCAUGGAUGACUUCACGAUGUAUGGAGGGGUCUUUGGGAACAAGCAAGAAAGCUCAUUCUCCAGUCUCGAGGUGGCGCUGCAGUCCUCCAGCCCUCUGCUGCUGCCGUCAGUGGCUCGCCCCGCGGCGGCGUCUGUGACCGGUAUGCUGCAGGAGCAGCUGGACACCGCGCCCCUCUACAUGGACCCAGAGACCCUGGCCCAGCUCCGCCUCAACGCCUCCGUGGCCGCCCUGCUGGUCUUCCGUCUUCCCUAUGCCACAAGUGCUGAUAUGAUGUCCGCGAAAGAAGUCCUUAGUGGAAAUGAUGAGGUGAUUGGGCAGGUAUUGAGCAUCAUGCACAACCAGGCUGUCCCCUACACUGCUGUCUACACUGGACUGCAGCCAUCUAGAGUGAUCGAGGAUGCCUCCCUGGACAUCCAGUCUGUGGGUGGACGUUCCCUCCUGCAGUCCCGUCGGUACAAGAACAGGAACAGGGAAGAGCAGAAGGAGAAGGAGAAGGCUGGGGUGGCCUACCCCCCUCUGGAGUUCAAGGAGAGCGAGAGCCCGGAGAAGCCCUGCAUCAUGCUGUGGGCCGAGAACCUGACCGUCAGCAUCCUGAGGGAGAACAAGUGGAGCAGGGCCGACCUCUCCAAGGAGACCUUCGGGGAGUCGGCUACCGUCACGCUGCACGGCUCCUUCUGCAACGAAACCCACUCCAGUCUGGCCCUGAACUACAAGGAGGUUCUUGGGUUUAACACAUUCAAAAUCAUCUUCGUGAUGAGCCAGCGCAUGUACAAGGUGUCGGCGCGCCGCUGGUUCACCAUGGAUGAGGUGGUGCUGGAGUACGAGGGCAAGAAGGCCACCUUCAACGGGAGCCGCUCCAUCUACGCCCCGGCCGAGUACUCCUACCGCUGCGAAGUUGUGACCAGCCACCGCUACCCCCAGCUGGUGCCCCGCACCUCCAAGGAUGCCGCCAACCAGUGGAAGCUCUCCUUCAGCGACUUCCAGAUCCAGGGCUUCAGCUUGUCAGGUAAGGACUUCUCGUACGCCAGCGACUGCGCGGGCUUCUUCACGCCGGGCAUCUGGAUGGGGCUGCUGACCUCCCUGCUGAUGGUGCUCAUCCUCACCUACGGCCUGCACAUGAUCAUGCAGCUGCGCACCAUGGACCGCUUCGAUGACCCCAAGGGGCCAGCCAUCUCCGUGCCCCAGACCGAGUAGACGACGCUAACACUAACACUAACACCACUAACACCAGAGGUGACGAUCCCGGGUCCAGAACGUUAAAACCCCCAUGCCGCCGCCAUGAAUUUGAUCCAACCAUCUCGGCUGAUUGUUAUGAGUACCCAAGGCUAUACUACAAAGCUGGUUCAGGAUAAGUUAAGGUUAAGUUAAGAGGUAAAUCAUCUAAUAGAAGAGCUAGAAUAGGAAUAGGAUAGGAAAAGCUCUUGUAUUAGAUGAUUUAUCUCUUAACUUAACCUUAACUCAUCCUGAACCAGCUCAGGUAGGCGAGAUGCUUGUUGAAGUCACUUUUGUUGGAAGGGAGCUGUGUGGCUGGGGUUUUUGACUUCUGAACGCGGAAUGGACACCUCUGAACCAUCCAUACCCAGCAAGCAGGCUGCAAGGCUGGACCUUCCCAUCCCUGCCUCACACCGCCCUGCGCCCUUCUUCUUGUCUUUCAUUCCACUUACCCACACACCCACUCACACACUCCAACCCAGCCCAGCCCAGGUGUCGUUCCCCUCUGUGUGUGAGUGUGUUUGUGUGUGUGUGUUUUUGCCUUCUAAACUUAACCCCAUAUCUUUUCCCUUUUCUGUAUAAGGUCCCUCCACAGCCACCCCCCACAUUCCAUUCAGCUUUCACAUUUCUUAUUUUAUUUUGUGGCUGCAUAAUCAACUUGGUUGAAACAUUCCACCUUGUAAUGUUGCACCCUAUUUUCCGACAUUCUUUUGCUUGUUUUUUUCCUUUACGUUAGAGUACCGAAUUUAUAGAAGGGGCUUGUUUACAUGCUUGCUGGAAAGGCCCAAGUUGUUAGAGUCAGUGGUGUGUAAUACAACAGAAAAAAGGGAGUUGAUUUUGUUGAAUUAUUUUUUUUGUUAAUUUAUUUAUUUUGCAUUACCAGGGGAAAAAUGGGUGUUGAAAGGAGAGAGAAGCACUGCUUCCUUGUGUAAAUGCCACUGUUUAUUGGAACAGUGAUUCUAUAGUAUUGACUGAGUGGCAGCCAUCCUUCUUUUGCACUUAAUCUGUUGUCAAGAAGGGCAGACAUAAGAAUUGGAAUUGGAAAACUAUCAAACAUCAUUAGCAGCCGUGUGCAAUACAAAAGAAGGGACAAUGUCAUUAUUUAUUUUCCUCAUCUCAUUCAGCCUUUUGUACCACACAUCUGCAAAUGAACUGUGUGUGUGCGCGCGCGCAAUGUGUGUGUGUGUGCGUGUGAAUACAUUUAGAUCACUCUAGGGUCCUAUACAGUCAGCUCCAGCAUGGAUAAGUUUGUUUGUUUUGUUCUCCAGGGUGCUCUAGUGUUGGAUCCCAUUGGACCACUGCAUCUCCAUGCAAGCCUGGUAAAAGCAUGAGUUCUCUUUAAUAACAAGACAAGGGUCUUGUUUUAAGGCUCUAAUCAGGGCUGAGACUCUCAGCUAGAAAGCUAAAAAGCCACAGGGUUCACCUAUUACUUUGUAGUUUGGUAGUACAUACAGUGAUAUCUCUUACUCUGACUGCUCUUACUCUGGGGUGCGUUUCUUGAAACCAUAGUUGCUGACUAUGUUAGCUACUUUGCUGUUUCCAAUGUAAUUUCCCAUUGGCAGCUAGCUAACACCUACACUUUAGAGAAACGCACCCCUGUUUUGCUUUUGGAACACUAAGAUGCCCUUUCUCUGGUUUUCAUUUGCCCAUAAACAAAACAGUAUUACUGGACAGAGGAGAAGAGCAUUGUUGGGCUUAGGCGUUGCACUUAAAUACCAUUUACUUAUGUGUAGAUGCCACUAUUCCUGUCAGUCUUAGAUUUUAAAAGGGCGUCUGCUAUGGAGAUUCACCAAGAGCUUCAUGCUUUUACCAGCGUAAUGGGUUUGAUUUUUGGUGGUAUGCUUUACUAAACUAACUGUACAGUGAACAGUGCUUUGGACAUGCAAUGCGUUUUGAAAUAUUGUAAAUAUGAAGAGGAGAUGAAUAUAUUGCUGUAUUUGAGUUAGAAGUUUAUUUAUUGAGUGUACCGGUACAUCCUGGACUUGUGUUUUGUGAUUGGUGAUUUAUGUGUGUGUGUGCCGCGUGUGUAAGCGUGUGUAUGUGUGUGUAAUGACUCUAUAGUUGCCUCGUAGGGUUUUAAUGUGUCUCAUUGUGUGGCUCAUCGGAUCACUUCUGUAAAAAAAAAGAGGGAAUGCUGUCGUAAAAGAUUCUACUGUACCACCGUGUUCUUUUAAGGGAAACACUAUUUGGUGUCAAGCUUAUGUAGCUGUGGCAUAUAUAUUAACGUUCUACAGUGGAGGAAUCCAGACCUCAGCAGGGGAUAUAUAUAUAUUUCAGAUUUCCAGGGGUGUAAUAUGUGGUUUGCUUGGAAGCAAAGUUUCAUGUUAUUUUCCCACUUGGUUAUACAUUGUGAAAUACUAAAAAGGGAUUUGGACUGGAUUCUAUCUGGCUAUAUCUAUGUCGCAGAUGAAAAGAGGAAAAGGGUACCAGUAAUACGUUUGGGAAAAAUUACUGAAACAAAACGGAACUAUGUAAUUCUUGUUGAAUGUUGUGAACACAAAAUGCAAUAAAAAUGAUGGAAAAAAAGGUC